AUGACAAAAAGUAUUAUUUACGUUCUGAUCUUCGGCUUCCUGAACUUCUUCUUCUUGCUCCAGAAGAUUCAGAGGCUGGAUGUUAUUCGGAACAAUACAUUCCUUGUUACCUUCUCUGAUACCAUCCAGAUGACUUAUCUCAUCGGUUACUUUGCCUACACCGUCGACUUGUUCUACGUCUACAAGUAUGGAAGAGAUGAUUUUCUAAAAUACUUCAAGACCUUCGACCAUAUUGAUCAGAUCCUUGGCAUGACUAGCUACGAUGAAAUUCGGAAGAUUAUUGUAAGGAUUUUGGGCAUCUGCACCUUGUUCUUCAUCAUCAGUUCUACAGUGGACUACGUGUGCUGGGUUGAGGGUUUUGGUUGGCUGUCUCCUACUUUGUAUUCUUUGGAUUAUUUUUAUUUCUUUCUGAGUACACUUAUGGCUGUCGAUGGCGCGUCUCAUGUUGUGCAAAUGGAAUUUCGUCUAAAAUUGAUUAAAAAUCUACUUCAGGGUUACUACAAUCCAAUGAACACCAAAACUGUACCUAACCCUAACAAAGUGUGGGCUGUGAGAAGUGAUACAGGAAACCUUCAAUUGGAGUCUUUGAAAACCUUAAGUCACGGGCGUUUUAUUGAAGCUAUAGGUUUCAAUCGUUGCUACCUCUUGCUUUUGGAUCAGACUUCUCACAUAAACUCUAAGUUUGGCAUUCGGGUUUUAAUAUUUUGUCUAAACCUCCUUGUAAAUAUGAUCAACUUGUUGAAUGUGUCCAUCAGGUUCGCAACUGGUUCAAUGUUGUCCCCAAACGGUGUGAGUCGCUUACCAUCGCUCUCCAGUUUGCUGAGGUUACUCAAUUGGUCAGCAGUGGGAAUCUCCAUGGUGCUGCACUGUGAGAAGGUGUACCGGGAAGAAGAAAAGAUUGUCGAGGUCAUCGACCUUAUACUGGUGAAUAAAGUGAAUUCUGCAACUUUAACUGCAGACCUGCUGACCUUAAGGAACCUGCUUCUAACCAGGCCCAUCAAGUUCCAUGCAACCCACUUCUUCACUAUCCAGUACCCUCUACUCGUGUCUGUCAUCUCAUCUGCUGUGACAUACACCAUUAUCAUGCUGCAGAGCAUAAAGUGA